AUGGACAACUCACCAGAGUCAUCAGCAGAGGAGCCUAUGGAAGAGACAGCAGGGGAGCCAUUGGCAGAGCCCGUGGAGGAGGCGCUCCCUUGCCUGACUCACGUCUACACACUCUAUAUUGGGAACCUGAACCCCAAGUACUCGCGGGAGGUUCUCUGCAGCAUGCUGAAGGACAUUCUGGGCACCGCCAGCCUCCCCCUGCAGCGGCAUGACAUAGAAGUGGUGAAGAAACCGAGACGGGCCUAUGCCUUGGUGCAGGUGGCCACCGAGCUGAGCCUGGAGAACGUCCUGAAGCAGCUCCAGGUUGCCUCGGACAUGGAGCAACAUCUCCUCAGAGAGCUAGUGAUGAAGGGGAAAACCCUGGUGGUGGGGGAAGGCAGGCGAGCCUCGCCCAGUGCUAAGGAGUGCCAAGAGAGUGACACACAGAUGAAUGGUGCCAGCGCCCCAGAGUCUCCCGUGCUGGGGUGUUUGCAGUCUGGCAAGAGCAGGCUGUGGGGGGCCGAGGAAGCCCAGCCCAGCCCUUGUUGGAAGGGCCCCCCUCAAGCCCGGAAGCUGGUGGAGCGGCCGGCAGCGUUUCUUAGCGGCACCAGGUCAGACAGCGCCAUCGUUCGGAGGGAGAUCGUGGGCCAGGAGCGCUUGUUCUAUGGAGCCUUCAUGGGGAGCGAGACCAGGAACGUGGAGUUCAAGCGGGGUGGGGGGGAAUACCUGAGUGUGACCCUCAAACACCACGUCCGGAAGUAUGUAUGCGCCUUCCUCAACAGCGAAGGGGGCAGCCUCUUUGUGGGGGUAGAGGACAGCGGCUUCGUGCAUGGGGUCAUGUGUGGGCACAAAGAGGAGGACCGCAUCCGCCUGCUCAUUGACUCCAUUCUGAAAGGGUUCAAGCCGCAGGUGUUCCCCGAUGCCUACACCCUGACCUUCAUCCCUGUGGUCAAAGCAGAAGACACCGGCAUCUUCCUGAAAGUGAUCCGGCUAAGCGUUCAUCUGCCCAGGCAGCAGGGGGAGCUGCUGCUUUAUGAAACGGACCAGGGGGAAGUUUACCUGCGCCGGGACGGCAGCAUCCAGGGACCACUCUCUGGGAGCGCCAUCCAGGAGUGGUGCAGGCAGAAAUGGACCGGAGAAGUGAGGAAGCUGGAAGAGCGGAUAGAGAGUUUGAUGAAGGAGAAGGAGAGCCUGCAGCAACAAAUCAACCAGCAGCGGAGCCCGAAUCCCAAAUCUAGAUUCUGCACCAUCCUGUGA